AUGAACGCUUUCCUGUCCGUUUUGGCCACAGUGGCUCUGUUUGGAAGCGCCCUGGCAGCAUCGAAUCGAGUUGUGGGAGGAGAGUUUGCCGAACGUGGACAGUUUCCUUUCCAGGCCGCCAUCACCUUCCGGGGACAAUUGCGCUGCGGUGCUGUUCUGGUCACUGAAAAGUUCCUGCUGACGACUGCUUCCUGUUUCUAUGAUGGCGACAACCAAAUUCCUCAACAGAGGCUGGGAGCCUUCCUGGGUAGCGAACGGUUGAUGAUCGCCGGAGUUCAUCGUCGUAUCAAGGCCAUCACCGAACACGAAAACUUCGAAAAGGCCACUCUCAAGAACGAUCUGGCCAUCGUGGAGUUGAACAAACCCGUAGAAUUCACCGAUGCUCUGGGUGCUGCUACUCUUCAUGAAACGGCCUUCUCCGAGGGUGGUCCGAUUACUGUGGCCGGAUGGGGACGCACUGCUGAGCUGGAGAACACUUCCUACAAACUGAAGUUUGGCACCUUGAACGUUCUGUCGGAAGCAGAUUGCCAAACCGAGCUUGGAGAUCGUUACUACCAGGGAGCUCUCUGUGCCAAGACCGAGGAAGCUGGAGUUUGUGUGGGUGAUUAUGGUGGUCCAGCUGUCAGUGAUAAUGCCCUGGUCGGUAUUGCUAGCUACACUGUUGAUGGUGCCUGUGGAACCGACAAACCCGAUGUGUUCGUUGAUGUUGGAUACUUCUACGAUUUCAUCAAAGAACAUACUGGAUCAGCUUAGAUUCUGGUGUCA